AUGGCUAAGAGUAUGCUGAUCUGGUGGAUGAUGAGCUCUUUGAUUUUGCAAGUAGUUGAAGGAGGAAGAAGUGCGCAUGUACCAGGAAUGUUUGUAUUUGGGGAUUCAUUAGCAGAUGCAGGAACUAACAAUUUCCUUCCAAACUGUACCACUAAGAAUGUUUCCUUCUUCCCCAACCCAACUGGUCGCUUCACAAAUGGCCUCACUGUUUUCGAUUUCAUAGAAUUCUCUAGGCGUGUACGGAAAAAGUCGCACCUCAGAAAUUCUUUAUACUGCAUUUCCAUUGGAGGCAACGACAUUCAUGCCCACUACAACGGCCCUUCCUUAAAUCUCAGUGAUGCACAAUUAGUCACUUUGCUGGUUGGCACACAUGGUCAAUACAUCCAAAGGCUUUAUCGUGCUGGAGACGGAAAAUUUCUGAUACUCGACAUCUCCGCUUUAGGAUGUACUCCUAUUGCCAGAUUUACAUAUAAUUUUCAAUACCAGGGAAAGUGUGCGGAACCUGGAAAUAUACUAGCCCAGAAAUACAACGUUGCUCUGAAAAAACUACAUGAAGUGAAUAUCAUGCUCUUUAAUUCUUAUGAUUACUUGACAAACAUGAUUAGAAAUGGCAAAGCUUUUGGAUUGUUCAGAGCCAAUGUGAGCUGUGGACUGACCAGUCCGCCAGAUCUGUAUUGCAAUGAUCCAGAUGCAUAUUUGUUUUGGGAUGCAGUUCAUUCAACACAGAGAGCUUACUCCAUAUUUUCAAAAGAAAUAUGGGGAGGAAAUUCUUCUGUUAUGCAUCCAAUUAACCUUUCCACUCUAGUCUUGGGGAGAAAUGCAUAA